AUGGCUAUUGCUCCAAUUACUGGUACUUUGAAAAGAAAAAUCAUAACUGAUAUCUCCCUUGGUUUCGUCGCUGGUUUCGGUUUGGCUUUCUUAUACUGGGAAGUUGAACACAAACCACUUAUUGUUAAAAGAGAUGCUUACUAUGCUCAAUUAAAGAAACAAAAGGAAAUUGAAGAAAGUGCUUAA